AUGACGGUGGGGAGCCCAGUAGAUCCCCUUUGGCAGUUGGAAAGUGUCUCGCACAAUGUGCCACGAUGCCGUGCAGAAAGAGCGGCUGCAAGAACUAUGUUCAGCUACUUGUUUCUCUGCUCCGACACCUGCAAAGAGAGAUUUGUGUCUGAGAGUGUGUUUAACUUUACAACGCAGACCAAACUAAAAGAAGCCAAACUUCGAUUACUCUUCGUUGGCAGCGGCGACAAACGCCUUAUUAACGCUGACAUUAAAGACAUGAGGGAAGUCAAAGCGGCCGCCGGCUUUCUGUCCCGGCACUCACAGAGGUCACAAGCGCUCACAUCCAAUAUAUACACAUUUUUUAUGCCACGUCGCGCCCCCACAGCCCCCGUAUCCCGCGGAUGGGGAGACAUCCUCAGCCUCACGCCGGGGCUCUUCCCUCUCGGGGCGAUGAUUUCCCAGCACACGGGCGGCUCUGCCCCGCAGCGCCCAGAUGAGGGGAGGGGACCCUCCCUGCUCUGUCUGUCCGUCUGUCUGUCCCGCCCGGGGUGGAGCCUGCCCGCCCGAGGCUGCCGAAGUGCUGCCCGGGGCAGAAGGCACUGUCCUGCCCGAGUGUGCAUAAAGCCCGCCUUCCCUUUCCCUCGCUGCGAUCGCACCUUCCCGCCUCCUGCCCCGGGCGGGCUCGCACGCCGCGCUCCGCCGCCGCUGUCCCCGCCGAGGAUGCGGGUGUCGCUGCUGAGCCCGCUGCUCCUGCUGUCCCUCAGCGCCGGCCCGCACGCCGCGGAGCUCUCGCUCGGCCGCGCCAAGUGCCCGGCUCGCUGCGAUGUCUCCAAGUGCCCCAGCCCCAGCUGCCCCAGCGGGUACGUCCCCGACCGCUGCGGCUGCUGCCUCAUCUGCGCCGCGGGCGAGGGGGACUCCUGCGGCCGCAAGGAGGACCCGCCCUGCGGGGACAGCCUCGACUGCCGCUACCCCAUGGGCAAGCGCUUCGCCAAGGGCGUCUGCCAGUGCAAGCUCAGCGCCCAGGUGUGCGGCAGCGACGGGCGGACCUACGACAACAUCUGCCAGCUGAAGGCGGUGAGCCGCAAGGCGCUGCAGCACGGGCUGCCCGCCGUCGCCCAGGUCCAGAAGGGAGCCUGUGAAUCGGGUCACCUACAGUCCAGCAGCCCAAGAUACAAAUUCAACUUCAUAGCUGAUGUGGUAGAAAAGAUUGCACCUGCAGUUGUGCACAUUGAACUUUUCCUCAGGCACCCGCUCUUUGGUCGAAAUGUCCCCCUUUCCAGUGGAUCUGGGUUUAUUAUGUCUGAUUCUGGUUUAAUUGUGACCAAUGCCCAUGUGGUGUCAAGCACAAAUGCAAUAUCAGGGAGACAACAACUGAAGGUACAGCUCCAGAAUGGAGAUACCUAUGAAGCAACCAUCAAAGACAUUGACAAGAAAUCUGACAUUGCAACAAUAAAGAUUCACCCUAAGAAAAAACUACCAGUAUUGUUACUGGGACACUCUGCUGAUCUGAGGCCAGGAGAAUUUGUGGUGGCAAUUGGAAGUCCAUUUGCCCUGCAGAACACUGUGACAACAGGUAUUGUCAGCACUGCUCAGCGAGACGGCAAAGAGCUGGGGCUGCGGGACUCGGACAUGGAUUACAUCCAGACAGAUGCUAUCAUUAAUUAUGGCAACUCUGGAGGACCUCUAGUUAACCUGGAUGGUGAAGUGAUUGGGAUUAACACCUUGAAGGUCACAGCUGGAAUUUCUUUUGCUAUUCCUUCAGACCGUAUCACUCAGUUUCUCACAGAGUCACAGGAUAAACAAAGUAAAGAUGGGAAGAAACGUUUCAUUGGCAUCAGAAUGCUCACAAUAACACCUGCCUUGGUGGAGGAACUGAAGCACACUAAUGCUGAUUUUCCAGAUGUCAGAAGUGGAAUUUACGUACACGAAGUUGUUCCAAACUCACCUUCUCACAGAGGAGGGAUCCAAGAUGGAGAUAUUAUUGUGAAGGUCAAUGGGCGUCCUUUGAUGACUUCCAGUGACUUGCAAGAGGCUGUGAUGAAUGAAUCACCUCUACUACUUGAAGUUCGAAGAGGAAAUGAUGACUUGCUAUUUAACAUUGAGCCUGAAGUUGUCAUGUAAAUAGACUUGAGGAAGCUCUCACCAUAAUUAAAUUCACUUAUUCUGGAACACUAGAUACCUCCUUUACAGCUACAGUAAUUAUACUUCCUGUUGACUAAUGACAAGGUGGACUAACUUAAUUGCCUGAGCCAUUUCUGUACAUAGUAGCUAGAAUGACUUCAAAGAUGCCAUUUAUAGAAGAUUUAAAUUUCAAAGAAACUUAAGAACUGUGUUCUGGAGAGGAGGAAAAAAACAAAUUUUGAGUAGAUGGUAGAAAUGGGUCCCACUUCCUGUACCA